GGGAUGUCGGGGUGUGAUCAAAGCACUGUCGAAUCAUUGGCCGAUGAUCCAACAGAUUCACCAUUCGAUGCCGAUGAUUGUCUCAAAGUUCGUAAAUAUUGGUGCUUUCUGCUAUCCAGCAUAUUCACAUUCCUUGCUGGGCUGCUCAUUGUGCUGCUAUGGCGGGCUUUUGCCUUCGUCUGCUGCCGCAAGGAGCCGGACCUGGGACCCAACGAUCCCAAACAAAAAGAGCAGAAGGCGUCACGCAACAAACAGGAGUUCGAGGGAACCUUUAUGACAGAAGCAAAAGACUGGGCUGGGGAGCUUAUCUCGGGUCAAACAACAACUGGACGAAUUUUGGUCGUACUCGUAUUUAUACUCAGCAUUGCCUCUCUCAUUAUAUAUUUCGUUGACGCAUCUAGCGAAGAAGUCGAAAGAUGCCAAAAAUGGAGUAAUAACAUUACUCAACAGAUCGAUCUCGCAUUCAAUAUCUUUUUUAUGGUUUACUUUUUUAUACGAUUCAUAGCGGCGUCCGAUAAGCUUUGGUUUAUGUUAGAAAUGUACAGUUUUGUAGAUUAUUUUACAAUACCCCCGUCCUUCGUAUCAAUAUAUUUAGAUCGAACUUGGAUCGGUCUUCGAUUUCUUCGAGCGCUACGUCUCAUGACUGUUCCAGAUAUUUUACAAUAUUUAAACGUACUAAAAACAUCGAGCUCAAUUCGCUUGGCUCAACUAGUAUCCAUUUUUAUAUCCGUGUGGUUAACAGCAGCGGGCAUUAUACAUCUGCUGGAAAACUCUGGCGAUCCGCUGGAUUUUAAUAAUGCUCAUCGUUUAUCCUAUUGGACCUGUGUCUAUUUCCUAAUUGUGACCAUGUCAACGGUAGGAUAUGGUGACGUCUACUGUGAGACUGUCUUGGGAAGAACAUUUCUGGUGUUCUUUCUGCUCGUCGGCUUGGCCGUGUUCGCUAGUUGGAUACCAGAAAUCACUGAACUGGCUGCCCAAAGAAGCAAAUAUGGUGGAACAUAUAGCAAGGAUCCUAGAAAAAGACAUAUUGUGGUAUGCGGGCAUAUAACUUACGAAUCCGUGUCGCAUUUUCUAAAGGACUUUUUGCACGAAGACCGUGAAGAUGUCGAUGUCGAAGUAGUCUUUUUACAUCGCAAAGAGCCUGACCUGGAGCUAGAAGGACUGCUGAAGCGUCACUAUACAACUGUGGCGUUUUUUCAGGGCACAAUGAUGAAUGCAGUCGAUUUGGAACGAGUCAAGGUACAUGAAGCCGAUGCCUGCCUGGUGCUAGCUAACAAAUAUUGCCAAGAUCCCGAUGCAGAAGAUGCUGCGAACAUAAUGAGAGUUAUCUCAAUUAAGAACUACAGCGAUGAUAUACGUGUCAUCAUACAGCUGAUGCAGUACCACAAUAAGGCGUACUUGCUUAACAUACCGUCGUGGGACUGGAAACAGGGUGAUGAUGUCAUUUGCCUAGCCGAACUGAAGUUAGGUUUUAUCGCGCAGAGCUGUCUGGCACCCGGGUUUUCAACAAUGAUGGCCAACUUGUUUGCUAUGCGGUCUUUCAAGACGUCGCCAGAAAUGCAAUCUUGGACAAAUGAUUAUCUACGCGGCACUGGCAUGGAAAUGUACACUGAAACAUUGAGUCCCACUUUUAUUGGAAUACCAUUUGCUCAGGCCACUGAACUGUGUUUUUCCAAGCUGAAGCUUUUACUACUUGCCAUUGAAAUUAAAGGCGCUGAAGAGGGUGCAGAUAGCAAAAUUUCCAUAAAUCCCCGAGGCGCGAAGAUACAGGCGAACACGCAGGGUUUCUUUAUAGCACAAAGCGCUGAUGAGGUCAAGCGUGCGUGGUUCUAUUGCAAGGCGUGCCAUGAGGACAUUAAAGAUGAGACACUUAUUAAAAAGUGCAAAUGUAAAAACUUGGCCACCUUCCGGAAAGGCGUCCGAGCCGUACAAAUGGUUGGGCGUGCAAAUGAACACCAUCCUGCACCCACAUUUACGCCACCAGAUCUACCCAAGCGGGUGCAUGUGCGUGGAUCUGUAUCGGGUGACAUUACACGUGACAGAGAAGACACAAAUCUACUUAAUCGUAAUGUGCGUCGUCCGAAUGGCACAGGUAAUGGAGCAGGUGGCAUGCAUCACAUGAAUAAUACGGCUAGUGCUGCGGCAGUCGCCGCAGCAGCGGUCAAGCAAGUGAACAAGGUAAAACCUACGGUGAAUGUGAACCGACAGGUGGAGGGACAAGUUAUAUCGCCAUCACAGUACAACAGGCCACCAGAAAAUGAUGCUAACCCUUAUGCGGGCUAUCAACUUGCUUACGAAGUUAAAAAGCUCAUGCCAACGAGUCGCAGCUCGGGCACAGGAACACAAAAUCAAAACGGCGGAGUCUCGUUGCCCGCAGGUAUCGCGGACGAUCAGUCAAAGGACUUUGAUUUCGAGAAGACGGAAAUGAAGUAUGAUUCGACAGGCAUGUUUCACUGGAGUCCGGCUAAGAGUUUAGAAGACUGCAUAUUGGAUCGCAAUCAGGCGGCCAUGACGGUACUGAAUGGCCAUGUGGUGGUUUGUCUGUUUGCUGAUCCGGAUUCACCUUUAAUUGGACUGCGGAAUCUGGUGAUGCCGCUGCGAGCAUCCAAUUUCCAUUACCACGAGCUCAAGCAUGUGGUAAUUGUUGGCUCAGUCGACUAUAUCCGGAGAGAGUGGAAGAUGUUACAGAAUCUGCCUAAGAUAUCGGUACUUAAUGGCUCGCCGCUGAGUCGAGCAGAUCUACGCGCGGUGAAUGUCAAUUUGUGUGAUAUGUGUUGCAUAUUAUCUGCUAAAGUUCCUAGUAAUGAUGAUCCCACAUUGGCCGACAAGGAGGCCAUUUUAGCCUCGCUUAACAUCAAGGCGAUGACCUUUGAUGAUACGAUUGGUGUGCUCAGUCAACGGGGUCCGGAAUUCGAUAAUCUGAGCGCAACCGCCGGCAGCCCCAUUGUUCUACAGCGCCGUGGCUCUGUGUAUGGUGCAAAUGUGCCGAUGAUAACAGAACUGGUCAAUGAUAGUAACGUGCAGUUUCUCGAUCAAGACGACGAUGAUGAUCCAGAUACAGAGCUCUAUCUAACGCAGCCAUUUGCCUGCGGAACUGCAUUUGCUGUGAGCGUGUUAGACUCGCUAAUGUCAACGACAUACUUCAAUCAAAAUGCCUUAACGCUGAUCCGCUCGUUAAUAACUGGCGGGGCGACGCCUGAACUAGAACUAAUCCUGGCCGAGGGAGCGGGUUUAAGGGGAGGAUACAGUACCGUCGAUAGUCUGAGCAAUCGUGACAGGUGCCGUGUUGGUCAAAUAUCCCUAUACGAUGGGCCACUUGCACAGUUUGGCGAAUGUGGCAAGUAUGGGGAUUUAUUCGUUGCCGCUCUCAAGUCGUAUGGAAUGUUGUGUAUCGGACUAUAUCGAUUCAGGGACACCAGUUCUAGCUGUGAUGCGAGCAGCAAACGAUAUGUAAUUACCAACCCACCCGAUGACUUUUCUUUACUGCCAACAGAUCAGGUAUUCGUAUUAAUGCAAUUUGAUCCGGGUCUGGAGUACAAACCGCCAGCGGUUCGUGUACCAGCUGGCGGACGCGGCACAAACACACAAGGCUCUGGGGUCGGUGGAGGCGGCUCUAACAAGGAUGAUAACUCUUGAUUGUUACUGUGUAGCGCCUUAACUGAUGGUCCUUAUUCGUAUAUUUGAACGAUGGAUAAGUUAAUUGUGGACAGAAUAUUGCAGUUGUGGCACAGACAUUGGCAUCACAUUUCUUUCGGACUGCGACGAAAUUGGCACAUUCAGUUAUAGUUAUACUUGUAGGCCAUAUGAAAAAUGCAUACUUAAUUGUACCACGAGAAGACGUGAACAAAUCAAAAGCUGUUUAAUUCAAUUAGAUUUUCGAUGCAUGUGCUACAAAUGUAAUAUUCUGUAUUUUUAAGUUUGUGGAGUCUUAGACAAUCUCUCAAUCAACAACCGACCACUAGGGAGAACUACAAAAGACCAUUCUGUUUCAGAUGAUUCCACAAACUUAAACGCCACAAGUCUAUGUAAAAAAGGCCAACUUCUUUAACAUCCACCGUUCAAGUAUCAGCUGAUUGCUUCCCACACCAUUCCGUAUGCCUUUUAGAACCUUGAAAUUCAAUUUACACGUUUAAUUUUGAAUGUUUUGUAUUUUAUGAUUACAUAAUCUAUUAUCUAUUUUCUGUAUCCAUUAUAUUUUCUUUUUGUUAUCAUAUUUUAGUACUGCAAAAUAAAUAUACACUAAUUCGAUUAUCAAUCUUGAUUUUUUGAUAUUUUGGAGCACUUAGUGUUAUUAGUAUAUGUAUUAUUAUGUAUCAAUUAGUUAUAUCCAAGCACUCAUAUAUUAUUGUUUCGACAUCGUUAAUUCUAAUUUUAUUAUUUAUAUUCUUCAAUGAGUUCAGUUCAUGGUGCUAUCAUUGCAUAACAGCAAAUCAAAUGAACGAAUCGAAAUGAAAAUUCAUCUCAAUGGUGUGACGAAAGCAAUUUGGAACCAUUAGUAAGGUAAGCUACACAUUAAGCAACAACUGAUAAAAGAAAAAGCAUUAAGGUUCAAUUUCAAAGUGGAAUGACAAACAAUAUGAACUAUGUGUAACAUUUCAUUAACAAUCUUAAUAAGAUAAAACCUAUGAUUCUAGCUUGUGCAACUAAAUAUGAGAAUGUAGUAUGUACGCAAAUAUGCAAAUAUAUAUGCACUUCUACGAAUUGGCUCAUGAAUUUACCGCAAACCUACAUAUGCACAAUGCUUUUGCAAAUGUUGACAAGUAUUUUGAAAGCGAUAUAAAACGAGCAAAGAAGCUAUAAAUUGCGCAAGAGUUGGCAUCCAUAAACUGCCAACUACCGAUGGAACCAAAGCUUCAGUAUUUAUUGAUGGAUUCUCAGUGUAUUCAAUUGAAAUCGAACUAGCUGUAAUGCUUGUGCUAUAAUAACACAUAACAUGGGCUAUUGAUCGGUUUAAAAAGCUUUCGACACCGAUAUUAUUAAUGCUUAAACUGUCAUCAAUUAUUACUACAAGAACGAAGACAGACAAUGAUACAGAUACACAUUGAGAAACACUUACAUAUACUAACAUAAAAACAAAUACAGAUACACCACACAGAUUAAGACACAGAUAUACAGACACAGAAGAAGAAAUGCCUGACGUAGAUAUACACUUUUCGAAUGUGAAAGUCAUGAAGUAAUGAAAAUUGAGAAAUUGUGAAAUUGUGAAAUGGAUAAUUGGCAAAACAGAAAAGCCUGGAAUUAUGUCAGCAUUCAAGUUCAAAAAUUGCAUUUAGAUGUUUCUGAGCAUGCGCAAAACACGAUUUAUAUAAGCAUAUUAUAUUAAUUUAACUAUAAUGUCAGUCAAGACACAAGUUAUUCUUAAUAAAAACAAAAAUGGAGCAAAAACAAAAGUGCAACACGAACAGCAAUCAGCUACAUCUUGAUUAUCUUAAUAAAAACUUUGGAAUUUUAUAUAAAAAAUGGUUAUAUCAACAAAAUACACUUUUUACCUUCUUAAAGCAUUAUUUAAGGUAUGUUUGUAUAUACAUAAAAAGCCAUGUGGACAUCGAUCCAAAAUAAGAAUAUGAACUUAAAAAUUGCAUACAGACGUCAAACACAAAAAAGGAGGUAUUUUCAUUUCUCCCUGAGCUAACUUAGUUUAAAAACAAAUGAAUGGGCAGAAGGGAAUAAAUUUACAAAUAUUUUGUUUACAAGAGGAUUUAGUGAAUUCAAGGAUAUUCCACAGUAAAGCUGCCAUAAAAAAUACAUUAAUAUCAACAACAAAAAAACUUACAAAAUAAAUAUAAAUGUAAUGUAAGUAAAUAUUAAAUGUAAGUUGCGCAUUCAUGUCAAUGCUAUUCAAUAUGAUACAUAUGAUUAUAUUUCUAGUGUAAAGCUGCUGAAGAUAUUCAAAAUACGUACAUACAUAUGUAUGUAUAAGUAUGUUACUAACACCCAAGAUAGAUAGACAAAUGUAACUAUCUAUGAAUAUGCUGAGCAGUUGACAAAAUGUAGCUAGUAAUAUUUUUAGUGUGUGAUGCACGCGUAUGCGCUUUUUUACGUGCGUGCCUAUUGCGAUUUACGAGCAGCAGCUGUGGUGUUCUAAACAAUUUUUUUUAGAAUAAUUUAUUGCAAAUAUGUACACAUAUGAGUCGAUUGAAAGACCAAAAAACUUUCAGCCCGUUUCUCUCAUCCUCAAAUUUUGUACAUGCUCGCAUGGUAUGCUCGCUGUUUUUGUACAUAAGUAUUUAUGCUACUUCUCAUCAAAUAACGUAACAAUAUCGCUUUUACUUAAUUAUUCAAUGCUCACACAUUUUUUUUUAUUUAUUUAUUUAUUUAUGAUUUAAAUAAGAAACACUGCCAAAGCGUAUAGAAAUCAUGUAAUAUCUACUUAGGUCACACCACAACAUUCAAAUCAUUUUUAAAUUUUAUAUUUUCAUAAACUAAUUAAUUAAUAACACACAUACAUAAAAGUAACCGCGUAUUUAAAAACACUUAAACGAAUAGGAGUAGUACAAUUGUUUUGAUUUUAUUGUAUUCAUAUUAAUUUUGAAAUAUAAGUUAAGCGUAAAAAACACAAGUACAGUUAAUCGAAUUCGAGCUUUUAAUAUAAUACAAACAAGUAGGUCAUCGAUAGAGAGUAAAAAUAUUCUAAGUUAUAUUUUCGUUCAUUGUGUUUUCAUAAAAUUAAUAUAGUUUUAGAGGUACUCAAACAGAAACAUAAUAAAUAACAUUUUAAAAUAAAAUGGAAAAGGAUGAAAAUUGUGAAUAUUUAGAAUGCGCCUUCAAAGAUAAAAAAUAAAAAUAAGAAUAGCAAAACACAAAUAUAUGCAUGUGUGUAGAUUUGUAAUAUGAAUAGCGCAAUGAAUUCUUAGCUUAACAUAGCUUAGAAAACAUAAUUAUAAGUAAUGAUUGAACAUUAAACAAAUUAGAUCUAAUACAGUCAUUUCACUAAUUGUUAGUGCAAUUUGAAACAUGCAAAUGGACAAUGAAAAUCCAUGAAAAACAUCUGCAAACAUCUGCAAAAGACGUAGAGGAUACCCAAAAGUUAAACAUAUUUUUUAAAUGAAUACCAUAGUUUUAACAUUUUUAGGAAUAUAACGACUUAGACUUAAAUACAUUUAAAUAACAUACACAAAACCGCACGCACGAUUAAAUACAACAGCGAAAACCUACAUUUAAAAUAAAACAAGAGCUACAACAAAACGAACUCUCGAUGUUGUGAAACUUGAUAAAAUCAUGUUUACGAUAUAAAGCUAAUAAAAUAUUAAUUGAAAAGGUCAUAGUGUC